AUGUCAUCUCGUAAACACGCUUCUCUGGCAUCUCCUCAGUCGUCCUUCGACCACGCGCAACCCGACUCCAGCUACGAGUUCGACAUCGACACCUCCCACUUCCCUACUCCCUCGAAGAAGAAUGCGACGCGUCCCCGCCACAAUUUCCCCACGAGCAGUCUAGCAGGAGCAUAUCGAGCUGCCUCGCGCAUCCCCAUGUCUAACGACGGCCCUCCGCCGGGGUCAACCCUGAGCCCUCGACGCCAGCGCGGCGUGCUCUCCUCACCAGUCUCUGAUACCUCCAACCCACCCGAAGAACUCGUCGAUGUGUACAGGAGGAUCGAGGAAGACGGGACGCUAGCUGAUUUCGUCGCGCAAGACGGCGAUUGGGCGGCCCAGAGGGAGACGCGGCCGGCGAGCCGGAUGAGUCGCGAGUCUUCACGCGCACGAGAGAGAAAUACAGCAGGCUCGCAGGAUGGCCAUAUCUUCUCUGACGCAAGCUUCCUCGACGACAAUGCAGACCAUCCGCCCCGCAGGAGAACUACCGAUUAUGCCAGGGACGAACAGCGCUUGAGACGCGUCACGGGCAAGGAUUCGCCUGUCUUCAGCAGGGCCAAUGUCGGAAACCGACCGGCAUUGACGGCAGGCAAUCUACAAAGACGGGAGGAAGAGGAGGAAGAAGCGCAGCACGUGUCGGAGGACGAUGGGAAUCGUGGGCCUUCGUUGAACCUCCCUUCGACUUGGGGCAGUCGAGCAACCCGCCACCAAGACUGGUUGAGAAACGUCAGUCGACGCAGUGUGUCCGAUCCACAGGAGCAGAAGGAGGCCCCAGGUGAUGACUUGGCACCCAAGACGAAACAAGAAAACGACUCAGUCCCGAAAUUUCCUCACCUAUCUCCCCGUUCCCUCGGCCGCAGCGGUCUUCCUGUGAGGAGCGCUCUUGGAGAGCGCACUGCCAAUGCCCAUGCCCAAGAGACACAAGAGAAUGGCACGAAGGAAAAGCCUGGCUCGGAGCAGAAUGCGCUGGGUGAAGGCGAAACCAUUCCCAAUACACCUAUCACUAUUCACAAGAACUCGAAAUUCAACAAAACAAGCCCCAGACAGCGAGACUCCCAGGAUCUGCUGCGGAGAUUAUCCAGGACCGAGAGCCCCAAUCUGGAUUCUAUCAAGACUCCCGAUCAACCGAAGCUCUUUGGAGGGAGGAUCUACGACAAGACUCCCAGAGUGACGGGUGCAUGGAUUGAUACCCCUAUGACCGAACGGGUCUCCAAAAUCCCUAGCCAUUUAACUCAGGAUAUCAUUCCUCCGCCAGAGUCAGCAAAAGAAACCGAAAAUGCCACGCAACAGUCGAACCCGCCGGUGGAAGCACUGAAACCUAAACCCGAACCCGAAGAUGCAAAACUUGUCCAAAACGCACAAAAAGAGUCUUCGCCAGAGUCACAACCUAUAAAGCGGGCCAGGCCUCCAUUGAUUCGACCCAAGCUGCCAAAGAGUGCCCUAGAGACGGUCAUGGAGGACGUGAACUCAGGGAAGGAGGAGCUUGAUAUGGGAGAUGACACGAUCGAGUCUCUCCAGGCAAUUCUGGACGAACCGGCUCUACUCAAAACCGACGAGGAGGAAGAGGCCGAAUACGAAAAAGCCGUGCUUGAGAGGUUGAAGAUUGCUAGCUCCAAUGGAAAUGACUCGGUCGAUAUUGACCGGUUGAAUGAGAAGCUGUACUCGCUGGUCAAGAACAUCAACGAGGUGAAGAAGGGCCUCAGCAGCCUGGAAGACCAUGUUGCCCGAGACGCAGAAGCCGCAUCACGGCCGAGCUCACCCAAGAAGAAUACCCAGCCAGCACACCUGCACACAGGCGAGACCUGCGAGAGCUGCGGCACGCAAUCCGAUGGCCGUGUGUACGCCGCAAUUCCCCUUCCUCGACUGUGGACCCGCAACUCCGUCUCCCGACGCAGACAGCUCACCAAGCUGGGUUGGUUGACAGUGGUCUCGCUCUCGUGGUAUGUCAUCGAAUGCCUCAUGUGCGAGCAAUACUGUCAUCCUCUCGUCUCCGACACCUGCGACGGCUACUGUCUGCAGCCCGAUGCGCCACAUUUCCCGUGGGUGACCACGACCAUGCUAUGGCGUUGGUCGCAUCUGUCGACUCUACUGACGCCCGUCUGUACUGUUGCUGUUGCGUUCUUCCGUCUGGUGGCGCAGCUGCUGGGUCUGUGGGAUGGCUAUGUGGACGAACCACCGCAACUGAAGAAUAUCGUGGGCGAGAUCCGGGUCAACGGCACCCCGGUCUCGUUUCCGUGGCUGUCACCGCCUCCAGCGCAACGUGUCGUGUCUUCACCACAGCAGCAGCCUGUGUGGACUCCUCGUGAUGCUCCUCCGCCUCGGUGGGAUGAUGAGCAGGCGUCGAUGGAUGAUGACGAAUACCUUUAG